GUUGAACAACAAACAUACUCAAGGAAGGAAGACAAAGAAAAGAUGGUGAUUUUAAGGUCUACAUGCUUAGUUCUUGGGCUUCUCUUCACUUCUCUUGCCUUAAGGAGCAAUGCUGUACAUGCCCAACAAGAUGCCGACAUGACAAUAGUGACAAAUGAAAAUGGAAUUGUGGAGACUGGAGCUAAUGCUCCAUUUGUUUCAAGGGAGUCCUUUAAAGGCGUGCCUGGUGCUGCUGCUGCUACUGCAAACAAAAGACUAGGAGGAAGGAAAAUGGUAGUGGGUAGCAUCUUGAUGAAGAAUAUGAUGGAAGUAGCAGCUGUGAAUGGAAAAACUCCAAAGAUUUCAGGAGAGGAUAGGAUUGCUUCAGAGCAGCCACUUGGAACAUCACAAAAGUACAUGACCCAUCAGAAAAGUAGCAAUUUGAAACCAGUUUAUCUCCCAGACACCAUGGCCAGCCAACUGAAAUCGCAAGACUCUGAGGCUGUUUCAAAUUGUGGCAGCUUGGAAUGUUCUUCAAGGUCAAGGAAAUUAGUGUCACAAGAAUCUCAUGACCAUUUGCACAAAACUGAAUCCAAAAAGCUUCUUGAGGUUACUAAUCAGAUUGUGAACUUGAUCCACCGGGAUUACUCCGGGAUGAAUUCGCCACGUCGCAAGCCUCCUAUUAACAAUCAUAAGCCUUCACGCCAAAGUCGGAAACCAUAGUUAGGUUAUAGCUUGUUAGGUUUACAAUUUUGACUCCCACAUAUGAAGAGAAGCUUUUUAAUUUUUAUUUCCAACUGCUAAACCUUUUUUCUUAUUUCUAAAUAGCCAUAUUAUACAGGCUAACAAAGUGGAUGUUGGUUUGUUUUUUCUAAUGUGCAAGUA